CUCCAACUAUUCCCAAUAGUAACAGCACAUCGUGUUUGGACCCUCUGUGAGCGUGCUAUGUUCUGGUCGGAUAGUGAUACUGACUACUCCGACUCCCGGUGUACCCACUGUGACCGGGAGCUUCCAAACCAAUACGUGCUGCGACAACAUCGCCGUGACGCCUCCAACCAUCAUCCAUGUGAGUCAUGCGACUUUGUUGGAGCAACUCGCGCAGAGUUGUUCACACAUCACGACCAGACAAGACACGCUGCGAUUUGCCGCGGCUGCAACGAUGGGAGGGGACGCAUCUGAGGCUCGGAAUCGCAAGAGUAUCUCUAUCACCUGGCAGACAAGAAUGUUUGUGGGCUUUGUGAGACACAUUCUGAAACUCUGAGCAACCUUGAACAUCAUGAAAUGACACAUAUAGAGCGGAUAAUUGAAAGUUAUGGCUGCUACCGGAAGUUCCCCACAUAUCCUGCUAUGAUAAUCCACAUCGAGGCCGCUACGUGCGUUUCUGGAAUUGACAUACGCGAUUUAAACCAGUCGGCUGCUAUGUGUCUUCAGUGGAAGGCGUACUUUGAUCAAGAUUAUCACCAAGAACUACUCGAGCGUGUUGAUCUAGAAGCAAUGUAUAGACGUGUGUACCCGUUUCGAUUUCCAGGCUGCAAGUUGAGCUUCACAAAGCUAUCAGGUCUUUUUCAGCACGUGUACAGUAAUGCAUGUCGCCAGGAUGUGCAUGAGGGUGAGAUGGGCACGUUGAUCAAAUGGCUAGAGAAUCGCCAUGAUAUAUGACUUGAGAUAAGGAGG